UUUGCCCCGAACUAUCAUCAUGACCCGCCUAUCUGACAGAAGAAACGGUCUUCGGGCCCCAUUGUGAUUUACCGGCUGAAUCAAAAACUUCUUUUUCUGUUUUUACAACAAUUCCCUGAACAAUUUCAUUUGUGGCGUUGAUUGGAUAGGAAUACAUUUUUUCAGGCGCUUUAGGAAUUGAACUUAAUGAGAAAGGAGAUCGCCACGAUGAACUUCAAACGGACGGCGUUAAGCAUUCGGCGGUUCGCAGUGGUGCGAACUUCCGACGAAAAUGUCAAGGCCAGCACUCCUCGGUACUAGAAAUACAGCAAUGAUGAAGAAAAAGAAAGGCUUCUCUCGACGGUGACCUGUCGCAUCAUUCAAUUAAACCACCACUUAGAAAACAGAUUUUACAGAUGAAAUGUGUGCUUACCACUACGGAAGUGGGGCUCGGAAUGCGGGUCGGUGGUCUAAAACAACGCAGGAAGAAAUAGAGCUGCAAGCACAUUUAACAACUUGGCGGUAAAGGUAGACUUCAUUUUUCCGGUUAACCUGCGAAGUUUUGCAGGGUUUCCUUCUCUAAUGACUACGGGGGGAUUACCUACCGUUUAACAUCUCUUACACCCUCCGACAAGGACCCGGGCCACAACGUUUCGAGAAUUUCAGAAUCCAGUUUAAACCGAAUUAUUGGGCUGGUGGAGCUGCCGUGAGCUCACCCGGCACUUUGAAAAUUCCCAUGGCGCUUUCAACUUGGCGCUUCCCACAAUUCUGUCCUUCGACGCGGAACAAGUCGUAGUUGGAGAAGUUGUUUGAUCGACUGCUCUGGUCGAUAACGUUUCUCGCGUCCUGUCCUUGAAGCAGAAGUUCAAAGACAAGGAUAAGGACAAGGACAGACGAAGGCUUUAUCCCGCCUAGUAAAAUCCUACCUACAGGUCGUAGACAGUGAACAUGAAAUCGGGAUCACACCGUCCAUGCUCGGACGACUCAGGGAAAUAAAAGAAGCCUACCGUCACCGUUACUGUAGACUCUCGGACGAACUCGCUCGCUUUGAUCGGGGUAACAGUACACGUGAGCUAUUUAUACACUGUACAGUCCGUGAAGCUUUAGAGCAACCCGAAAAGUUCUUUUACAUCGAGAACACCACACUUACCUCCCAGAAGAUCUGUGAACUCAUCGUCAUCCCCAUCCUUAAUCCUGGAGUAUUUGCCUCGCCGGCCAGAGACCUAACAUUUCCGAAAUGGUAAACCAUCAAAGGUCGACGGGUUAAGGAAAUCCCAAAACAAACCGCAAAAUUAGCGGGGACGAGAAGAGUGACAAGCACAUCGACGAAACUCAUUGCGAAGGGAGAUUUCAUGAUGAUGAUGAUGAGUCGUUGUUGCAAUCACAGUCGUCGGAUCAAGGUUUGGACUUGUGAGGAGUUUUGAUGGUUCUUCUAACGAUUGCAACGUACCUCUCUUAUACUCUCCCCCACGCGACCACAGAUGUAAGAUGUUGCAUCACUAUGAACAGAUUCCAGUGUCUAUCGAUAUCCUUCGUCAACCGGG